AUGGACAUGCCCAGCAAGCCGGCCGUCUCGCACGACCCUCCGCCGCCUGUCCAGGUCGUAGCACGGCCAACGCGACUCCUGGACUUGCCUGAGGAGCUUAUCCGACGCAUCUUCGGGAUCGUGUUCGAUGGCCUUCUCGAAGAGUGUGAAUUGGCGCAGUACGAGUGCGACCCAUUCCCGAGCCGCCUUCUCUUCCGCUACCGUCGUCCGUCACCACGCCAAGUUCCGCGUCAGCAGAUCCAGGUCAGCAGCGGUCUGUACAACUCCCUCAAGCAGAUCUGGGACGGUUACCUCGCCCUCCAGGCCUCGGAAGCUCGCGCUUUCGACGAGCCUUUCUCCGCCUUGGGCAACAACGUUCGCUUCCUCGAUUUGGCGGAACACGAGCCUUGCGAUUCCUUUCGCAUGUCCGGCCAACACGAUCUUGACCUCGACGACUUCAAGAGUCGGCGGAAACCUCCGUCUUUCGACUUUCUGAUCGCUUUCUCGCGCCUCACCACUCUGCGCGCCACGUUCUUCGGUGGAAUACCCCGUACUUUCACAGACGCUCUGCGGUACCUUCCUCAUCUCUCCGACCUCACACUCCAGUUUCAUGGCGGCAUGGGCGAUGCUUGCUUCACGUUCGGCGAAUCGACUCUCGCGUUGCGUCAUCUGGCGCUCACGGCCGAAGCGACCGAGGACGAGGAUUUGCGUCAAUUGCUCACGAAUCUGCCAUCAACUCUCGAAGAAUUGCGCUUCUACUACACCUUUCCGGCCGGCCUUCCGAUUCCGUGGUACAGCGUUCCGCGACUUCACCUAUACUCGCCUCGAGGUUACUUCCGCGAUCCGGGCUUCGUCAUCCAGGAUCUCGAAGCGGUGUUCUCGCCGGAAGUGAGCCAGACUUGCUUCUCUGCUCUGAUGAGCGAGGUUGACCAAACGCAUCACGCUCUGGGACAGAACCCCCGCCAGGUCGUCGUCCAGGAGCUCACCAUUCAGGUUCUGAGCAUCAGCUUGAGCAAGUGCAAGACACCCGGCUCGGUGUAUUAUGAGGAAGUCAUACCGACCAUGCUCGAGCUCAUGCAGCUCGGGUCUCCAAUCAAGCACCUUCGCUUCCUCGACUUCACCGAGCUCAGAUGGUGGCAAAACAACAUCCGCAUCGUCUCAAUCGAAUGCGUCACGCUGCUCGAACGUCCACCUGACCCCGACUAUCCACAGAGUUCCGACGGAGGGAACCUCGCAAGCCUCGUGCCCUUCCUCAGCAUGUUCCCCUCGCUCCAAAAGCUCGUUUUCUCCGGCUUCGAGCUUCUCACCAACGAGUCUGUCGCUGAGGCGCCGAUUCCGCCUGGCUCCUUCACGACCUUCGUCCAGCACGAGCCUGGCCUCUCCCGCCUUCUCUACAACCUGCAGAUCAGCAGGGUGGUGGAGGUGACGUACAGGACGAGCGCGAAGAGCCUUCGCGAGUUGCGUAUCAGGCGCGACAGGCCGGCGGCGCCUUGGGAAGGCGAGUGGUGGAAUGUGUAG